AAGUUGAAAACCCAUUCCAGAGUGAGCGUCAGCUUCCGGUUGGCAGUGCGUGGCGGAGCUAAAAGGAGCGGCAAAGUUUAGUCUGAAGUCUAAAGUAUUAAAGGUUAAAUGAUGACUGCGGCUUUGGAGAAGACUCCCAGGACUCUUCUGGUCUGUGACAAAUCAAGUUUUCUAAAUGAAAAGUGUCGCGUGAGCGCUCAGGUGGAGCAGCAUCACUUCAACUACAAGGCAUCUGUGUUGCUGCCUGAGUGUAGCUCCGCCCCCUCACACCUGGAAACUGUGCUGAGUGGCUUCAGCAGCUUCUACCUGAUCAGAAGGCUGCCGCUGUAUCAGCUGCUUGAUGAGCACUUUCUGAAGACAGCGGUGUACCAGGGCAGCGUGUACGGUUUGUCGUACGGAUGCAGGCUGGAUGAAGAUAACUGCGUCGCUCUGCUGCCUCAUGGUGGUCUGGUUCUGUCUCUGGAUAAGGACUCCUUUGAGCUGUUGGGGCUUGAGGGCAAACGGUCGCAGUUCAGCCGCAGGACGAGCAGCAGAUACGUCGUGUGUGUCAACCUGACGGACAGCGGUAUGGUGCCUGGUGGGCGGGGCUACCAGCGGCUGCUUACUGGUCUGAAAUCACGUGUUCCACUUGAGAUGGACUUCCUUUUGUCACAUCGUCCAGGGGGUGGGAGCGCUCUUCAGGAGCUUCUGUCUCGUCACGAGUGGACGGAGCACCGACCUGAGGUGCACAGGCGUACUUUGACACACCUACUCUGCCCCACCCCCGAGUCAUGUGACGCCCACAGCUUCCUGGACUGGCUGGGAGCCGUGGAUGCCGAUGUCAGCUGUCACAACCUGUCCAGCGACUUUUUGUCCACCUUCGUCUGUCCUGAGCCACAGAUGAGUUUGACUCAGGCGUUGAACAUUUCCAUCACAGGAUUUCUGUCUCGUGAGGACAUCCACCGCCUGAUCCAGGAACUGAGGCGGUACUUGGAGCUGCCCCGCCCGGUGUCCUGGGUAGCACUGACCGUCCAUGGGUUCACUGACAGUCCAGUGUCGUGGGCAGACACAGAGCACGGAGUUCUGCAAGGUGGAGAAAAUUUCUACAGUCUUCUGCUGUUCCGUGACCACACCUACCGCCACCACAUGGCGGCCAGUGCCUAUGACGGCUGUCCAGCAUGACGGCGCUGUCGGCCGGUGUCGUUGCUGCCACACUCCACUGACUGAGUAUAGAAGCUUUUUCAGGUCCACUGUCUUUCACUGACUCAGAACGCACUGUUUGUGUCGAGGCGGGAUGCACAAGAACAGACUCUACCAGUUCAUCAUGUGCUCAGACCCAAAGAAGCCAACUGGAACUGAACCCAUGACCUUCUCACUGUCAACAGAGACAUUUUACUGUCCACGUCUGACACUGUCACCAGAAAACCAUGUUUAGUUGUUUGCGUAUAAACCCAGAACCUUCUGCAGAACA